AUAUAGUGUCCGGUGCAAAUCUGCAAUUUAUGAUCCGUUUAUAACCUAGGUUUAAUCUAUGAUUAUUAUUUUAAUUAAGUAUACUUGUAGAAGUAUAUGUCAAUCAAAAUAAUAUUAACAUUUGCACAUGAAUUUUCAUGUAUUAACUGUUAAAUACAAUAUUACAAAAAACAAUUAAAUCAUUUUUUAUGAAGAGUAAUUUUUACAGAAUAUAACCUAAGUUUAAAAUACAAUAAUAAUAAAGUAGUUUCCAGUGGCAUGCAGCAAUAUUAUAUACUAAUAAUAUAAAUAAUAUAUAUGUACAUAUAAAUAUAUACAAGGUAAAAAAAACGAUUGCAUUUUGAGAACCAUGGCAAAUACAGGAGUUUUACCUUUUGUUCGAGGAGUUGAUUUUAGCUGUAAUGAUUUUGGUGAUGGUAAAUUUCCUGAAUCGGUACGUCUGAUGACAGGAAUACAAUGGUUGAAAUUAGAUAAAACCAAUUUAACUGAAAUUCCUGAAGAAAUGGGUAAAUUAUUAAAACUGGAACAUCUUUCACUUGUUAAAAAUAAAUUGGAACGUUUAUACGGUGAAUUGACAGAACUGGGAUGUCUUAGAACAUUAAACAUUCGACACAAUAAUGUCAAGUCUAGCGGUAUACCAGCAGAAUUAUUUCAUUUAGAGGAAUUGACAACGUUAGAUCUAAGCCAUAAUAAUUUAAAAGAAGUACCUGAAGGUCUAGAAAGAGCACGUUCUUUACUCAAUUUAAAUCUGAGUUAUAAUCAUAUUGAAACAAUUCCGAAUACGCUUUUUAUUCACUUAACAGACCUAUUAUUUUUGGAUCUGAGUAAUAAUCAAUUGGAAACAUUACCACCUCAAACCAGACGUUUAGCAAAUUUACAGACAUUAAAUUUAAAUCAUAAUCCUUUAGGACAUUUUCAAUUGAGGCAACUUCCAUCGUUAAUGAAUUUAACAACAUUGCAAAUGCGUGAUACUCAACGCACAUUAAAUAAUAUUCCAUCGAGUCUUGAAACUCUAACGAAUUUACAAGAAUUAGAUUUAUCACAAAACAGUUUACCAAGAGUGCCUGAUGCUUUGUAUUCACUUUCAAAUUUACGUAGAUUAAAUUUAAAUGAUAAUCAAAUAUCAGAAUUAUCUACAGCUAUUGAAUUAUGGACGAAAUUAGAAAUAUUAAAUGUAUGUAGAAAUAAAUUAACUGCCAUACCUGCAUCCAUUUGCAAAAUUUCAACUUUAAGAAGAUUAUAUUUAAAUGAUAAUGAAAUAGAUUUCGAAGGUAUUCCUUCUGGAAUUGGUAAAUUGUCAUCUCUUCAAGUAUUUUCAGCUGCUAAUAAUCAUUUGGAAAUGAUACCUGAAGGAUUAUGCAGAUGUGGCUCGUUAAAAAAAUUAAUAUUAACGUCAAAUCGAUUAAUAACCGUACCAGAUGCAAUACAUCUUCUUACUGAUUUGGAACAAUUGGAUCUAAGAGAUAAUCCAAAUUUAGUAAUGCCACCAAAACCAACUGAGGUACAAAGAGGAUCGGGAAUUGAAUUUUAUAAUAUUGAUUUUUCUUUGCAACAUCAAUUAAGACUUGCCGGUGCAAAUGUACCUGUACCGGUACAAACAGCUAAUAGUAGCAAAGAUCCGAUAGCUCGUAAAAUGAGAUUGAGAAGAAAACGUGAUCAAGAAGAGGCUGAUCAAGAUCAAGCUAAAAUAUUAAAGGGUAUGAAAGAUAUUGCAAAAGAGAAAAACAAAGAUAAAGAAUGUGACGAUACUAAAGCUGAGUCAUUAAAGCCUAAAAGAUGGGAUGAAACUUUAGAAAAACCACCUUUGGAUUAUUCCGAAUUUUUUGAUGAUGAUGCAGGACAAAUACCAGGUUUAUCUAUAUGGGAAAUAGAAAAUUUUUUACCUAACGAAAUAGAGGAAGUAGCUCAUGGUAAAUUUUAUGAAGGUGAUUGUUACAUCGUAUUAAAAACGAGUAUCGAUGAAAGCGGAUCAUUGAAUUGGGCAAUAUACUUCUGGAUAGGAGAAAAAGCAACGUUGGACAAAAGAGCUUGCGCUGCAAUACAUGCUGUAAAUUUACGCAAUUAUCUUGGAGCACAGUGUCGUACCAUUAGGGAAGAACAGGGUGAUGAAUCGGAUGAGUUUCUUAUACUUUUUGAUUCUGAAAUAACUUAUAUCGAAGGUGGUCGUACUUCUUCUGGAUUUUAUACGGUGGAAGAUACUCCUGCAGUAACACGUUUAUAUCGAGUACAUGCAGCAGGAGCUUCUAUUCAUCUAGAACCAGUACCAGUUUGUUUUGAAUCUUUAGAUCCUUGUUAUGUUUUCGUGCUGGACACAGGAAAUAAAAUAUUUAUGUGGUAUGGGAAAAAAGCCAAAAGUACAUUAAAAUCCAAAGCUAGAUUAAUGGCUGAGAAGAUCAAUAAAAAUGAAAGAAAAAACAAAGCUGAAAUAAUAACAGAAGUUAUGAAUUUAGAAUCAGAAGAUUUCUUGUUGCAAUUAGGUGUAGAGAAUACUGCGGAAACUAAAACUAUUAUUGAACAUGUAGAUCCAGAUUUUGUACCAGUGACACCACGUUUGUAUCAAGUUCAACUCGGUAUGGGAUAUUUGGAAUUACCACAAGUUGAAGUGCCUCAUGGAAAAUUGGCUAACACUCUUUUAAAUAAUCGCAAUGUUUAUAUCUUAGAUUGUUAUCUUGAUGUGUAUGUUUGGUUUGGAAAGAAAUCAACUAGAUUGGUAAGAGCUGCUGCUGUAAAACUAUCUCAAGAAUUAUUUAAUAUGAUUGAAAGACCAGAAUAUGCUAUGGUUACGAGAUUACAAGAAGGCACAGAAUCUCAGGUCUUUAAAUCAAAGUUUACUGGCUGGGAUGAAGUUAUAGCAGUUGAUUUUACAAGAACUGCAGAAUCAGUUGCCAAAACUGGUGCUGAUCUUACUAAAUGGGCCAAACAACAAGAAACAAAGGCAGAUUUAGCUGCACUUUUCAUGCCACGACAACCAGCAAUGUCAGCUGCUGAAGCACAACAACUUAUGACAGAAUGGAACGAUGAUUUAGAAGGAAUGGAAGCUCUGGUAUUGGAAGGAAGAAAAUUUGUACGUUUACCAGAAGAAGAACUCGGUCAUUUUUAUAGUGGUGACUGUUAUGUUUUCUUGUGUCGUUACUGGAUGCCAUCAGACGUAGCAGAAAAUGAAGAUGGCGAUGAGCAAUACGAAGAUGAUUAUCAAUUUACUGCAUAUUUUUGGCAAGGUAGAGAUGCCGGUAAUAUGGGCUGGCUCACAUUUACGUUUAGUUUACAAAAGAAAUUUAAAUCAUUGUUUCGUGAUAAAUUAGAAGUAGUUAGAACGCAUCAACAACAAGAGAAUUUAAAAUUUAUGGCAUAUUUCAAAAGAAAAUUUAUAAUUCACCAAGGCAAACGUAAACAGCCUAAAAUUCCUGGUACAAGUAAAGUCGAAUUUUAUCAUUUAAGAAGUAAUGGUAGUGCAUUAUGUACCAGAUUAAUACAAAUACAAGCGGAUUCCAGUUUAUUAAAUCCAGCAUUUUGUUACAUUCUAAACGUACCAUUUAACAACGAUGACGAAACUGGUAUAGUUUAUGCAUGGAUUGGUUCUAAUGCUGACAGUGAUGAAGCACGUUUAAUUCAAGAAAUUGCUGAAGAAAUGUUUAACAAUCCUUGGAUUAGUUUGCAAGUAUUAAAUGAAGGUGAAGAACCGGAUAAUUUCUUUUGGGUUGCACUUGGUGGAAAGAAACCAUACGACACUGAUGCAGAUUUUAUGAAUUAUACAAGACUGUUUAGGUGCUCUAAUGAAAAAGGAUAUUUUACUAUUAGCGAAAAAUGCACUGACUUUUGCCAAGAUGAUUUAGCAGACGAUGAUAUAAUGAUAUUAGAUAAUGGUGAACAAGUGUUCCUCUGGUUAGGAACACGUUGUUCUGAAGUAGAAAUCAAGCUUGCAUAUAAAUCAGCUCAGGUGUAUAUACAACAUCUACGCGUUAAACAACCAAACAAACCACGUAAAUUAUUCCUCACCGCUAAAGGAAAAGAAUCACGAAGAUUUACUAAAUGUUUUCAUGCCUGGAGUCAUCAUAAAAGAACACCUCAAUAAAAGAAAAAAAAAAAACAAAAAAAUAAAUCUACGUGGAAAUAAAGACAGGUAUUGCUUAUUAAUUUUUAGCUUAAAAGAUGAGUGCAAUGUUAUAUUCUUAAUUUAUUAUAUUAUAAUUGCAACUAAAUUCAUCGUUUGAAUUUAGUCAUUGUAUCAGCAACAUGCAAGUGCCAGAAUUGAUAAUGUGAACUUAUUGCUAUAUUUUCUUUUUUUUUUUUUUUUCUUCUGUACAUUCUAAUGUGAUUUACUACUUUAUACUAUAAGCUAUAUAACGUAUGAAUUUAUUUAAAAAAAAAAA